UUGUGUUUAGUUGCAUGUGAUCUUACCCUGGAUCCAAACACAGCAAACACUUUUUUAACUCUGUCUGAGACUAACAGAAAGGUGACAAAUGUGAGAGAGUAUCGGCCGUAUUUUUACCAUCCAGACAGAUUUAUUGAGUGGCCUCAGAUUCUGUGUAAAGAGAGUCUGACUGGACGCUGUUAUUGGGAGGUUGAAUGGAGCGGAGCUAAAGUUGAUAUAUCGGUGUCAUAUAAAGGAAUCAACAGGAAAGGAUGGAGGAAUGACUCUUGGUUUGGAGCCAAUGAAAAUUCCUGGAGUCUGAACUGUUUUAAUGACAGAUUUACUGCAAGUUACAAUAAUAAGACCAGUAACAUACCUGUUCCUUCAAGUCACUCUAACAGAGUAGGAGUGUAUCUGGACUGGUCGGCUGGCAUUCUGUCCUUCUACAGUGUCUCUGACAAACACACACUCACACACUUAUACACAUUCAACAGCACAUUCACUGAACCUCUCUAUGCUGGAUUUGUUCUUUAUUCGGUUAGUUCAGUGUCUCUGUGUGAGAUUAAAUAGCUUCCUAAGAGUGUCUCUUCCUGAUCACUCAUUGUCAAAUGUCUGUCUUACAAUCACAGUCAAACUGAUUGUUCAAUAGAGUUAAAGUUGUGGAUCAAACUUAUGUCAGAUUUAGUGUUUGUGGAGACUUAAUGAUCAGGAGAGUUUGAGAAUCUCUUAUAGCUGUAGAGCUUAAAUACAUUCAGUGAUCAGCUGGUGUCUUAAACGCAACAUUAUUAUAGGGUGAUAAUUUAUCCUUAGAUUGUUUUAAUAUGCUGCUUCCUAAUGCUUAGUCAUUUCAUAGAAAUGUAUCAUAAACUAUUUAAUUAACUGUCAUUAAUUUG